AGUUUUCAUUUUUAUAGUAAGGAAGCAUUUGGUUUAUGAUCUAUUACAUGGCUUUCCCUCCUCAGACUGCUCCUUCAUUUUCUGCUUAAUUCAAGGUGAGAAUCCCAGCCACUCGAACAACAAACAGCUCUGUUGGAUUCAACAAUGCUGCAUUCCUUCAUCAUUUCCAAGGGAGAAAACAGCGCCAGCAACAAAACCUUCAUCACAGAGAAGGGUAGAGCCUUUUUUUUUUUUUUUUGGUUUUCUUCAUCUUCUCGCAGAGCACAAAAGUGAUUUUUAUUUUAUGGUGAUUGGGAGUUCCGCGAAGAAGAAGAAGAAGAAGAAGAAGAAGAAACGCAAUGGCGAAGACUAGAAAUCAUGAGCCAUCGCGAUCGUUAGCAAAUGAUACAUGUACAAUUCGGCUGACUGAAAUUUUUGGGAAGGCGACUAGGUCUAUUUUGGGCUUCUUUAUCAUGAUGGGUCUUUGCAAUGGUGUGCAUUACCUUUUGAGGCCAUUUUCUCAACCUCGCAUUACCUCUGAUACGAUCGUAGGUUUGGUUGUUGGCAACUUCAUAAGGAAGCAACUUGAUAUAUCAACGAUUAAGACGCUGCGUUAUAUUGUCGACUUUGGUAUGGUAUGCUAUAUGUUUGUGCUGGGAUUGGAGGUGGAUCCAUACGUAAUCUUCAAAGCACCUACACGCGAUGCUAAGGUAGCUUAUGCUGGAAUGAUUUCAACACUCAUCUUAGCCUGUUCCAUAAUCCCAUUUAUUGGCAUGAUAAAGUCAAAAGAGAUCAGUUUCAUACUCUCCCUCUCAACUGUCCUCUCUAGCACAGCUUCUCCUGUGCUAACCCGUUUGAUUACCAGUCUUAAAAUAGGUAAGUCAGAUAUAGGCCGGCUCGUCAUUGCUGCUGGCAUGCAUUCUGAUUUUAUAUCCACCCUCAUGAUCUGUGUUGGUUAUCUCUUUUGCAAAUGCCAAGAGACACGCAUCUCCUUUAUAAAAGGUUUUCAGUUAGGCAUUCUAUUAUUGAUCCAGGCAGUACUGACGGCGAAGGUUUCACCAGUAUUCAUGAACUGGGUAAAUAACGAAAACCCCGAGGGUAAACCUAUGAAAGGUCCUCACCUGGUUCUUGCAGUUGCUUUCAUGGCCUUCCUUUGCUGCUGCCCUACUGUGUUUGGUUACAAUCCAAUUCUCAGUGCAUUCUUAGCUGGAACGUUUUUACCUCGAGAAGGUAGAGUAUCAAGAUGGGCAAUUGGAAAAAUUAAUUACCUGCUUACUACCGUUUUCUAUCCCAUCUUCUUCUUUUGGAUGGGGGUUGAAUCCAAGCUGACUGACUUUGAACCUGGACAAAUAAUGACAUGGGUCAGGUUAAUUCUGCUUUUUGCUAUUGCAACCUUAGGAAAAGUUGUUGGUACUGUCAUUGCUGGGGCAAUUUUGGGGUUUCAUUGGCCUGAAUCAGUAGCACUUGGGCUGCUGUUAACCAUGAAGGGCCAUUUUCAUAUAUACUUAGCUAUUGCUGCAAAAACAGCCGGAAAGAUAACUACAUCUACGAGUAUAGUGAUGGUAAUUGUAAUCUUCUUCACAAUCGUGCAUGCCCCAAAAGUUGUAGCACAUAUAAUCCAAAGGGCAAGGAAACGUACGCCUACACAUCGAAUGGCUCUCCAAUUGCUUGAUCCGUCAAGCGAGCUUAAGAUCUUGUUAUGUAUACAUGGACCUCAGAACACUCCAGCAGCCAUUAACAUCAUGGAGAUUUCUCGGGGGACAGCUAACCCUGGGGUUGUUGUAUAUGUUACAGACAUGAUUGAACUUACAGAUGAAAUAGCAUCCACAUUAGUUCAGGGUGAAGGAGUUGACAGCGUGACUGUAACCCACACAGGAGUGACGCAAAUGAGAGAACAAGUUACUUCUGCAGUUCAAAGCUAUGUAGAUGAAAAUGGAGAAGGGAUUACUCUUAGAAGAAUGUUGGCUCUCUCAACAUUCAAUUCUAUGGCUCAGGACAUUUGCAUUUUGGCAGAGGAAUUGAUGGGAGCUCUUAUCAUACUGCCAUUCCACAAGAGCCAGCGUGGAGACGGAUCAUUGAGUGAGGGCCAAACAGCUUUCCGCUAUGUAAACCGCAAGGUUCUCAGGCAUGCCCCCUGCUCUGUGGGAAUCCUAGUGGAUCGAGGACUUGGAUCAGUAGAGAAAAUUUCAAGGUCCUAUGUAUCUCAAAAUGUGGCAGUCAUCUUCAUUGGCGGUAAAGACGACCGAGAAGCAUUAGCCUACGCUGGUCGAGUAGCAAGGCAUCCCGGAGUUAAACUCUCAGUGAUUAGAUUCUUAGUGGACGCUGAUGCAGUAAAUGCUGCAAGAAGAGCGGGAACUUACAGGAUAAGUGUGGCUGAGCAGGAAGAGGAAAUGAGACAAGAUGAUGAAUGCUUUGCCUAUUUUUACGAACGACAUGUGGCUGGUGGACAUGUUGCUUAUGUUGAAAAACAUCUGGCCAGUUCCUCCGAGACGUAUUCUACUUUGAAAUCACUGGAAGGGCAAUAUGCCCUCAUCAUUGUAGGUCGAGGUGGGAAGGUUAACACGGUGUUAACUUUCGGGAUGAAUGACUGGCAACAAUGUCCAGAACUGGGUCCUAUAGGCGAUAUUCUCUCCGGGUCUGAAUUCUCUGUUAGGACCUCAGUUUUGAUCAUCCAUCAACACAAUCUAAAAGGAGAGCUAGAUGGGCUUGAUGAUGACUUUUCAAUAAUGUAGAUGUCAAGAAACCGUUAAGAUUAGUAGUGAUAGGUUAUUUAGAAGCUAAUUGUAGCAUUGGAAUACAGUGGUUACUGAUUUGUAGAACUUUAGUUGCUGGAAAUGAUAGAGAAAGUGUAGAAAUUGUGACUAGUAUAUACAGUUCUGACCAUUUGACUUGUUCUGUAAAACAGUGAUUUUUAAUCAAUUGAAAACGGAAGUGAGUUCGCAUUUUAACUGACUA